AUGGCAGACCCUAUAGGCGUCGUAUCACUUGCAAUCACCCUAAUACAAGGUGCCUAUAAGGCUUAUGGCAUUCACAAACUCACUGAAGCCUUCGGGAACGAUUUCCGACGCCUCCAGAGGAGGUUUGACACACAGAUAGGACUUCUUCGUAUUCAGGCUUAUCGACUCCGCCAAGCGACUUUACUUGGAUUAACGGGUACAUCGACAGAUGAGAAAGAAUGGCUGUCGCACAUCCACGGCCUCGUCUUAGAGAUCAAAUUGAAUAUGGAAACAUGCCAGGAAAUUGCGGAGAAGUAUCUUGGCGACUUAACACCUUCCUCGCAGCCAGAUGGCUCGCAAGUAACAUUGAAGGACCCCAAAACUACCACGGCUGACCUUGAGCUAUCCCAUACCAAAGAACCUGUCUCAGAACCUCGUAAUAAACGACGAUGGCGCUUCCUAGGAAAGUCAGGCCGGAAAAAGGUCGAGGAGUUGGGGAAACAGAAAGAAAGACCCCUCGAUGCGGAUGAGAAACCCAUGUACAAAUCCGAAAAGAUUACUGCUGUGACAACUAUCCCACCUCAAAUACUGAAUGAGACAGAGUUGGAUCAGAAGCAAAAGGUAGAAGAAGACGUUUCGGCCUCGCUCCAAGGACAGACCAAAUACAGAUCAAAACUGAGAUGGGUAACUGAGGAUAAGCAGACAUAUCUGGAGAAUCUUCAGUUGAUUUCUGAGGAUGUUGGGUACCUUCGGAUUUAUGUAGAUACUUAUAUUCAGCCACCGGAUACAACAUCGAACGCAAAUGCAGCCACAGGCCAACUAUCCAGGCUUCCUACUGAUCGGGCGCGUGCGAUCAUUGCAUCAGGGAACCAUGUAGGACGCCAUCAGCACGGUCUUGUCGAGCAGCACUCACAAGCUCCUGGAGGUGAUGAACAGUUGGAAUGGCUCGAAAAUUCGCUAUUUAGCUGCCAGGAAGCGUUCCGUCAACUUCGUCUCGACAUGCGAUCCGAUUUCUCCCUGAAAUUGUGCUAUGACCAUCGCCACACCUGGCGCCAGUUUCGGCCACAUCGAGGUGUGAGUGCGCGGAAGGAUUCUAUUCUCUUCAUCCUCCAUACAGAACCAAAGAGACUUUCUCCUGAGGGUUUCGUACUUGUCAUUGACACGCCCGGUAUCCAGUCUUGCGAGAAACGGUGCCUAGAAAAAAUAAGCGUAGGUAGACAUUUACGCUAUCGGAUUCAGAAAGGGGAUAUUAUUGAGGAAAUCGCCAGCAGCAUGGAUCUUGAUCGCACUCAAAAGGAUGAAUACACCUGUCUAGGUUCUGUGAAGAUGAACCUCACUAGACCUUUCGUUGUACCUGAAGAUCUUGUUCCGAUCAGUCUGAGAGAUAAAGGAAAACAGGCGCUUAAAGCGUCCACUUCCUCCGAAAAUCUACAUCGGGGGCGAGAUACUUACUUGAUCGGUCCCGAGGAUGAGUUCAGCGAGACUGAAUCCUUGGAUGGGGCCUUCAUUGAGGAGAAAUCUCAAGGAGAGCCUACAGCGAAUGGCUUAGUGCAAAAGCAAGAUAUGGAGAGCACACUCACCGAAACAGAGUAUCGAAUACUCCAAAGGCCAAUGCUAUAUCAUGUUUAUCAAGACCGCAAGUCUCGAUGGACUCCCUACAAAACUCUGGAUAAGCUCUUAGAAGAAGACAAGUUUCGGGACCACAAGUUUGCAGAUUCUCAUCUGCGUCUGGCACUCCUCGUAACGAGCAACUACGUGAGUCUCGGUGCGAGUGGCCAAGCUUGCAUAUUCCGUCCUGUGGACUGUAUAUAUUAUACACCAACCGACGGCACGAGCACUCUUACGCAUGAGGAAAUUAUCCUCAGUCCUUACAUACGAAUAUCACACGACAAUGCCAAACAACCGACUGGGCUUGCAAGCGGAAUUACCUCUACCAAACGCAUCGCGUUGUUAGAGCUAGGUUUGUUGUUGUACCAAAUUGGGAGCUGGCGCACUCUUGCGUACGGGCAUCCAGACGGCUUGUUGGGGAUGGUCAAAGACGCAGUCACCAACUUGGCAGCUGUAACCAACCAUACCGGCCAUCUACUCGCCUCUUUGACCCACUACUGUCUUACUGAUCAGGGCUUCUCCACGAAACGACUGAGCAUGGGGAUACAUGUCUCCAGAAUCCAUGAGUGGCCUCGCUAUGGCAACGAAGACACUUACCGUGCUUUGAGAGCUUAUCUCCAAUCCAGUCAGAGUGACCCCCGAGCCAAAGCAGUCCCCACCCUGAUACUGAUGAAUCAUCGCCCCGUGAACGAGGUUCUAGAGAUAUGUCAUUUUGUCCUCAGACCUCUAGAGGCCGCUUUGUACAACAUCGGGCUGCUGGAAUCGAAACUUGAAGACGGAGGCAGCAGUACGUCUAAGCGACGACCUAACCACCUCACAAUGCACAAACGUCAUGUGGAUGUUGAAACUCUCUAUUAUUAUAAUAUUCCAUACGAAUGGGAUCCAACUGAUCCAGACAGAUUCAUCAUUCUCCGAGACAUGGAUCAACGCGAUUUAGAAAGCCUUUGGAAACAUACUCAUCGCUUGCGUGGCUCUGCUACGACGAAGAAGCCACCCUAUAAUGAACCAGACGGGAAGCAUACCAGUGCGUCGGACGCAGAGGUUGAUGAUGAAGAGAGUGAUGGGCCUCGCUUCUUUAGGAGUCGAACGUUCGAUGGGCCUGACGUACCUAGACGUUCCGUCGACUCCGAUUAA